AUGGUGAAUGUGUGCUUCUAUAGCUCUAGGAAUCUUACUGUGGCGCACCGAAAGUUUGCAACUUUGAUUCUUCCGCACCUAGGCGGGGUGGAAAGGUCCACGAAGAUGGCUGAACUUGACACGUUCCUUUUCACAUCUGAGUCCGUCAAUGAAGGCCACCCUGAUAAGCUCUGUGACCAGAUAUCUGAUGCAGUGCUUGAUGCAUGCCUCGCUGAAGACCCUAACAGCAAGGUUGCUUGGCUGGAUGCUGACCACUGCAAGGUGCUUGUCAGCAUUGAACAGCAGUCACCUGACAUUGCACAGGGUGUUCAUGGUCACUUCACCAAGCGUCCUGAGGAGAUUGGUGCUGGCGACCAGGGGCACAUGUUUGGAUAUGCAACUGAUGAGACCCCUGAAAUGAUGCCCCUGAGCCAUGAACACGUCAUUAAGCCUGUCAUUCCAGAGCAGUACCUUGAUGAGAAGACCAUUUUCCAUCUCAAUCCAUCAGGUCGCUUUGUCAUUGGUGGACCUCAUGGUGAUGCGGGUCUUACUGGCAGGAAGAUCAUCAUUGACACUUAUGGAGGCUGGGGUGCCCACGGUGGUGGUGCUUCCUCUGGCAAGGACCCAACCAAGGUUGACCGCAGUGGAGCCUAUAUUGCAAGGCAGGCGGCCAAGAGCAUUGUGGCCAGUGGUCUUGCCCGCCGUUGCAUUGUCCAAGUGUCGUAUGCCAUUGGUGUGCCUGAACCGCUAUCAGUGUUUGUUGACACAUAUGAGACAGGCAAGAUCCCUGACAAGGAGAUCCUGAAGAAUGUGCUGGAGAACUUUGACUUCAGGCCAGGGAUGAUCAUCAUCGACCUUGACCUGAAGAGAGGUGGGAAUGGCCGUUCUCUCAAGACGGCGGCGUAUGGGCACUUUGGCAGGGAUGACCCGGACUUCACCUGGGAGCUUGUGAAGCCCCUCAAGUGGGAGAAUCCUUCUGCCUGA